AUGGCGGGGGCGGCGGGGCUGUGGCGGCUGAGGGCGAGCCCGGGAUUGUGGCCGCUGCCGGGCCCGGCCGUGCGGGGCUGGGCGGUGCUGCCCGCACCCCGCAGCCGCCCGCUGUCGCAGCUACCGCCGGGCGGCGGGCCGCGGGCGGGCGCGCAGAGACGGCUCGUGUCGUGGCGGUCGCUGGCGGCCACCGUGGUGCUGGGCGGGGGGCUGCUGGCCGGCAUGAAGCUGAUGAAGCGGCACAAGGAGGAGAAACUGGAGAAGGAACGAAACCGAGGCAUUGGGAAGCCGCUGCUGGGAGGGCCCUUCUCCCUCGUCAGCCAUGAGGGACAGCCCAGGACCAGCAAGGACUACAUCGGCCAGUGGGUGCUGAUCUACUUUGGCUUCACUCACUGCCCUGACAUCUGUCCUGAUGAGCUGGAGAAAAUGAUUGCAGUGGUAGAUGAAAUUGAUCGAAUUCCAUCUUUGCCUAAUCUGACCCCACUCUUCAUCACCAUCGAUCCUGAGAGGGACAACCAAGAAGCCAUUGCCAGAUAUGUUAAAGAAUUUUCUCCGAAGCUGGUGGGAUUGACUGGUAGCAAGGCACAGAUUGACCAAGUGGCUAAAGCAUACCGUGUGUACUACAGUGAAGGGCCCAAGGAUGAGGACAACGAUUACAUUGUGGAUCACACAAUAAUUAUGUACCUCCUCGGCCCCGAUGGUGACUUUGUGGACUACUAUGGCCAGAAUAAGAAGAGUGCUGAGAUUUCGUCUUCUAUUGCUGCACACAUGAGAAAAUACAGAUCCUAAGACAGAAGGUCCUCAAAGAUUGCUGUGACUAUCACCUGGGGGUUUGGCUGUGAUUGGACACUGGAGUUAAAGCAGAAGCACACAAGUGUAACAUCCUGUCAAGCAGGUCUCCUUUCUUCCAAAUAAGAGAGGUUAUCCAUGUUUCUGCAAAUUCCCAUUACCAAAAAUCUCUACAGAGCCUUUCCCAUGGAUAUCAUUUCCAACAAGAUCUCGGGUACAGAAUAAAAUUUGAGACUUCUCUGAAACAUUGCUGGGAGCAAAGGAUGGACAGCACUUUUCACUUGGGAAGAACGUGUGUGUUGCUGGGAAAAUAUUGCUGGUAAAAAAAAAAUAAAAUUGCUGGUCUGUCAAGACAUCAGCAAGGACAACAGUCACUGCAGGAAGAUUACUUGAUGCAAAGCCAUUACUGGAUGGGGCCAUGGCGUUCUCAGAGGAGCUCUGCCCUCUGGUUUCUCCGCACUGUUUUGCCUUCUAGGAGAGGCAGUUGCACUAUUAGAAGCAGGGGAGCCUUAAGAGUGCUUCUUUAGCCAGGUUAAGAAGGUGAAGAGCACUGAAAGCACCAGCUGCUUCCACGCAUGGGACCAGCCCUGAAGCAAGCCUGAUCAUUUCAUCUGAAUGCAGAAAUGAGAUGUAAUUUUUUGGUGGUUUUUCCAGGUGAACACUGUUCACUUAUAAGGGAAAGAGAAUUGGGAUGCAAAUAGGUUUUUCUUCUGGUGCAAAUGAUGGUGUGUGUAGUUGCUCUGCUUGUGCUGGGAGAAGUGGGGAGGGUGGAGGGGGGAUGUGUCCAUGCCCAGGGCUGGCAAUCAGAUACAUUUCAUGCAGUGCAGCAUUUGAAAAUAAAGAUUGAUUUGUAUAAGCAAUA